UCUUCAAUGUGAAUACUGCUUCCAACCGAUCGAAGGGAUAUGUGUUAAGCAUAUGGUUUAAGUAAUACUUGGUCUCCUGUAUUUUGAUGAUAUCUGUGUUAUAUGUUGUGAUAUUGAUAUGGGACAAUUUUAUUGACUUUUGAAGGUAUGUCUUUCUUAAAAUGUAGAAUGAUUUUGUCAGGCGAGAAAUAUUGAGUAGCCCUGAAGUAGAUAAUAUUGUAAACACAUAAUAACUAUGAUAGGUAUGUGUGAAAUUUGGCAGAGUUUCAUGUAGUCAUGUACAUAUUGAGUAGUUGUUCUUUAGGUCUCAAGGUUAGUUGUUAAUAUGUUUCUUGUUCAUAGACAUCUCUCGUAAUCUACAUUCUGACACAUUUUUAUUAGGUAAGUAUUUUCAAUUUCUUGUCACUCACAUUUUUGAUAUAUAUUUUCAAUAUUGUGCUGCACACGACUUAUUUGGAAAAAAGACAACACAUCUAUAUAGAGUUAUUUACUCUGUGUAAAUGUACUAAAACGAAUGCUAGCUUCAUUGUAAUGAAAUUUACCUUUUGCUCAGCGGUAGGGCGUCACACUGGCCAUGGUAAGUCGCGGGGUUUGUGGUUCGAUGUCACUCAAUAUUGCGUCACAUUUAAGUUUAUUUUCAUUUUUUUUUGUUUCAAUUAAGCUUACCACCAGCGUCACCAUUUUAACGCAAAAUGGCUGCCGAACGACAAUCGUUGCCUGACCUCCGAUCCUUCCUACCUGGAAGAGGAUCAAAGGAAGAUAAGAGGUUUUAUAUGACAACAUCUAUGUCAUGUAAUAAUAUCACAAAAGAGAAAGCCGAAGACGACACAGUAGAAAACUUAGAUAAUGGUUUUGACAAUCAAGUCAAACAGAAGACAAAGAAGAAACGUUCUGGGAAGUCCAAAAGAAACAUCAAUGGUAAUGAAAGCCCAAGGGCUGAGGGUAAAAAAGAGAAAGUGUCCCUCAAAAAGCGGUUUAAAAGGCUCCUCACACCAAAACGGAUUAAGAAUUCUUACAACUUGCCCACACCACAAGUGGCAGUUUCCUUGAAUGUGAAUGAGUCGGAGGCCUCGAACACAUUUUUUGAUAGAAAUAAUGAAGAUUUCAAGAAACAUGGAACUAUUUAUGUCCAACCAGUUUGCGAGGAAACCGACACCACUGAGCGUAUUUGUGAUUGUGAACGCGUCAAACAACUAGAAAGAGAAAUACUUCAACUGAAAAAUGAAAAGUCAACAAAGGAACGUGAAAUGCUGAAUACUAUUGAAAAGCAAGACGAAGUGAUUUCUGAAAUGACAAGAGCACUUACUGAACUUGUACAAGACGUACGGUAUGUUAAGUUGUCGGGAUGUCAGAAUAUACAGGUAUGUGCUGGUGGAUAUGAUCCUAAAGAGCUCCUGGAACCAGUGCGUAGUAUAUUAGAGGGCUUGUGCAAAAACAACGAAGAGGUCAAGAGAAUUGCAAUGGACAUCUCAGAAAGGGUGAAUGAUAUGCAAAACUCUUCGACGGAAGAUAGAUCACAACAAAAAAAUGACAUAAUGCAAUUGCAGCAACUUGUAGAACAGAUGAUCUCAAAAACACAGGACGACUUAUCUGAGAAUCCGCCAGUUCCUGUUCUCCAGCUGAAAUGUAGUAAACCACGAGAUUCCGUUUACUCCAGCCAGCAUAGCUUAGUCGACUCUGGAAACUGUGUGGUUUGGGGCCGUUCUGAUAUCAUAAAUGAUGUGUCCGGGCGACAGCAUGACAUACAGAAGUGCCUGAUGAAAAUCCAAGAACGUCUGGAAAAUGUAGAAAUAAACUCUGAAAAGUGUUCAACUUUCUUUGAAUUAUUUUCCCAGAUAAAAUCCAUACUCGUAGACAGUGGAAAAGACUAUGAAAGGCAAAGUUCGAAACUCACAGGAAAGAAAUCAUUUUAAAGACCUUUAAGGAUUCAGGGAGAGUGAGUGGUGUACAUGAUUACAAUCAGUGACUUUGAGCAGGAAACACAUCGGUACACAACUUUGAGUAAAAACAAACAAACAAACAAAUGUGGUAUUGCCUGUCGUUGUUCUGUGACUGUGGCGUCUUUAAAUUAUCAUUUUGAUCAGCAGAUGAUUAUAUACGCUAUGGAGACAUGCAUUAAUUAAUUAAUCAAUCAUUUGUUGUUAUUUUGUAUUUUUUUCGUGCUUGCUCUAACUUGAAACUACUUUAUACCGUUCGUAAAUUGGAUUUGUUUUGCUACUUUCGAAAAUAUGUGUUUCGCUAAAAUUUACGUUAUAUUUUUACGUUAUCUUAAAAACCUACA